GCUUGCGUGUGUAUGAAGGGGAGAAGAUCAGGUGUAGUGUUGGCGAAUCUCACAGGAAGCAUGGAAGUUUUGAAGGAUGCACUGCUCCGACAACUAACAACUGAUGCCGGCAGUAGGAAGACGUUCCGGAAAGCCGUUGCAGGAGGAUCCACGAGGCAGAAGAAGGUCUUGUCAAACUUCCAAGUAUUCUGAUAGUCCAUAGGUAUCCAGCAUAACGUUAUUAUUCCCAGUCACUCGGGUACUUCUAGGGCUCGGAGUUCGAGAUGGAAAAAAUAUCUAUUUCUCUACUACCCACAAGGGGACAAACAAGGUCAGACAAAGGGAUUAAGCCGAUUACAUCGACUCCAGUGCGUAACUGGUACCUAUUUAAUCGAACCCCAGUGCGUAACAGUUACUUAUUUAAUCGACCCCGAAAGGAUGAAAGGCAAAGUCGACCUCGGCGGAAUUUGAACCCAGAACGUAACGGCAGGCCGUUUUCACCAGAAAGCUUCAAACACAAGAUCCACUUCAAACUGCAUUGUCCUUAUUUACCAAAAUUUGGAUGAGUGGAUACUCCUACGCCUUGAUAUUAUCAAAUUGAUUUACAACAAGAUAAGUGACAUGAAAGGCAAAAUAUGCAAUUUCAUCUUAUUGCUGCAGAGUUUCAAUUGUCAUGGUUCGAAGCAAAAGAGAUCUUGGAAGAGGACAUAGCAGUUACAAUGGAAGACGGAAAAAAACUUGCCGACGAAUGGGAAAUUCCUUUUCUUGAAGUAUCUGCCAAAACAGAUGAGGUAACUACAAAAGAUAUCAAAGGCUCACGGAUCAUUAAAAUGGAAUGUCAAGUUAAGAAAAAUGAGUAUUUUCGACACCUCCUUCUUUUUGCUUUUAAUCAAGGUUCUAAGGCCGAAAAAGCUGCUGGAGACAUUUGUGCUAUGUAUGGAGAGGGUGCCAUAGCUGGAAGAACCGCUUGUGAUUGGUAUGCCAAGUUUAAAAAUGGAAAUUUUGACCUGUCCAUCUAAGUUUGAUGAAGAGUUAUUAAACGCACUUUUUCCAAGCAAGGGAGAAGAAAGAAGAAAAAAAUUUUUGAGAAGGAGGGGGAAGUAAAGAGACGUGACUUUUGUAUGGUCAGACUUGUUUGUUUAGUACUUAGUGGCCUUUUAAGGUGGAGGAGGAAAAAGAAGAGAAGGAAAAAGAAUUUUUUUUUAUUUAAAUUGGUCAAGGUUUUAAUUGACUUUCUUCAGUAAAGAUUCUAAUUGCAUUUCCAG